CCAUAUAAAACCUCAUAAUAUGAGACCUGUUUACAUGACUAUUUUAGCAGUUAAAAAUUUUUACUUCAUAUAAAUUUAACAUAUAAAUAUAUAUAUAGUAUAAUGAUAAUAUAAAAAUAAUAUUUCAUAUGCUACAUUCAAAAUAUUAUUUAAAAAUACAAAUUAAAAAUUGUAAAAUAUAUAUAUAAAUAAUUGUCAGAUUUGAAUUCCAAUCCGAGAGGUGGCGGUCUCUGGUGAUAAAUUGAAAUAUUAUUAAAGUUAUAAAUAUUAUUAAGAAUAUUAUCUACAUAAUAUUUAUUUUAUGUUUUAAUAGUUACGAACCUAAUAUAUUUACAUUUUAUAUAUAAAAUGAGAAUAAAAAAUUGUUCACUAGGAAAGAUGAAUAGCAAAAAGCACUGAUAAAAAUCAACAAAAUUUUUAAAAAAUAACAAAAUUCUUAAGAUAAAAAUAUAAUAAUUGCAGAAUAAUGUCAACUUUCUCGUUCAGCACGAGCGUAGGAUUAGCAGGCUAGGACAGAUUAAGGAUGUAACAUUUGUUGUAGGCGCAUAGAUCACGAUGAUGACCCGUAACAAGUACGUGUCGAGCGACAGGGCGAUCAUAUAGGUACGGGGUACACCAAACAGGAGUGAUCCGAGUGAGCGAGUGACUGAGUGAGUUGGAGGUCGGAGGAGUAUAUUGGCCAUUUCCGCAGGAAGCCCUAGUAUUUCAAUUGUUCAAGAAAUUGCAAACAAAAGAUGUUCUAGGAAUGAUUUAUAAAUGAUAAAUCUGACGAAAUGAAGAAAAAAAAGAAGAGAAAAGACUUUUCUUAAGCAUGAAUCGAACGGACGAUUCAAGCUCGGAGGUAGGAUGCGGUGUACGAUGCAAAAUCGACCAAUGCACAAAAGGCUGUGGAGCAUGGCAACGAGCACUCGAUACGAGUUGUCAAGCUGUUUGCAAUGGAACCCAAGAAUUGCUACCACCCAAAGAAUUGUAUUGUGUUCUGGGUUGUCACGAUGCCCUAAAUCGUUACUUUCAACAAUUAAAAGCGGAAAUAGGUAUUCCACCGGCACCAGCACUGGUAGCUGACUCGUUGACCGCGACUUCCUUGCGCCUUGAAUGGAAAGGAAUAGACAUCGAAAGACGUGGCGGAGGCAUUUCGUACUUAGUGCAAUGGAGGUACGAAGAAUUGGCCGAGACAUGGCAAUAUUGCAGAAAUCAAUCGUGGGGUGAGGAUGAUCAGAUUUUGGUCGAGAAUUUGCAACCUUAUACAAAGUACAGGUUUCGCGUAGCGUUACUUUUAAAAUCGUCUCAGCACAAUCCCGAGCCUAUCGUCUCCGCUCCAAGCGUCGUGAUACGAACGCUGGCGGCCGGUUUACCAACCUCAGCACCGGUAAUUGUAAGAGCGGUGGCAGUAGACAGUUGCCGCGCGUCUGUGUCUUGGGAACCGGGCCCUUUCCCCAAUGGGCCACUUUUGUCUUAUGUCCUGCGUCUGCAAGGGGCUGAUCACUCCCAGCUUAAGGAUAUACCAGCAUCGGAGAACACGGAUCACUACAUGUUUCAAAAUCUUGAACCGAACAAGAAUUAUUCCAUUAGCGUGACCAUGAGAAACGGAGUUGGUGAGGGACCACCUGCGGUAACUUACAUCAUGACAAAUCCAGAACCGGCUGUGAAAGACACGCAACAACCUAUUUUAAUUCUUGGAGGUCAGCACGUGGUUAUGAAACAGGACGCGGAUAUGUUGGACGAUCCCAGUGUGGUUUACGAAAACACGAGCACAAUUCGAGGAGUGGCGAUUCACGUAGCCUCCGCGCAGCUUUUCAUUUCCGAUUCUUUGGGAUACGUGUACAGAACGUCAAUCACGAAACGAACGACACCCACGGUGAUACUUAGCCCCAGCCAAGUGAACUUCAAGCCUCUCAGUCUAUCCGUUGACUGGUUAAACCUUCACCUGUACAUUUUGGGCGAGGUGAAACACGCGACCACGGUUUGGCAGAUAGCUAGAUGCAAUUUAGACGGAAGAGGUUUGACGGUAGCCGUGGCUGGUUUCUUAACGCGACCCACACACAUCGAGGUAGAUCCGUACAAUGGUUACUUGUUCUGGGUCACCAGAGGCGGUUUAUAUCGAUUAGAUCUGGCUGAUAUAAGUAAUGGAGUGAAGCACGAGGUUCAGCCAUAUUUGAUUCUAGAAGACGCCGAUUUAGGAGCAUUCACCGUCGAUCACACGAACUUUCGUUUAUUGGUUCCCCAUCAUAUCCAAAACACCGUAAUAUCUGUCUCUUUGGAUGGUCGCGAAGUUUUAAAUCUUCGCGCCAAUACGCAGCAACCGAAAUUCAAGAACGUGGUCUCCUUGGCUAUGGCGAACGGUUUGUUUUAUUGGACGAACGGGGAAGAGGUAUUGAUAGAAGGAUACCAUUCGGGACAAAACAGAUAUUUUCACAAUGCUUAUCCAGAUAGAUCGAACGGUUCAUUUGUCAGUGUCAAUGUACUUAUGGACGCGAGCCAGCCCGUUCCUGUCCCCGUAAAUCCUCCUACAGGCGUGCAAGCUGUGUUGGGGGUGGAGAGGGCGAAAGUUUCCUGGCAAGCGCCUCAUCUGUUGGGCGGUCAGGGGAAAGGCGCUUGGCAGAAUUGGUCUUACGAAUUGGAGAUCAAAGACGAGUCUACCGGAGAGACCAUCCAUCAGAAAGAUAUCGCUGGCUCGUCUCAUACUGUGCAUAAUCUUCGAGAGAAAUCAGAAUACUCGAUUAAAGCGGCAGCUUACACGAGCGCUGGCAGAGGACCUUGGUCCACCGAGUUCAGGGGUCGAACAUUGAGAGACGGAUCGCACGCGUCCAUAUUGUGGUCCGCGAACGAAGGUCUCCUAAGGAGCGAUGUAACCGGAGAAAAUAUCGAUACUUUGAUAUACAAAGCGAGUUUGAAAGAAGUGGAGGUUGAUUAUCAUAUUGUUGAUGUCAGUUGGUACAAAGAUGUACUCUACAUCGUAGGAAACAAUUCUGCAUUGUAUCGUUACAACAUCACGAGUCAUCAAAAGAUGAAGAUGAAUAUUCACUCUGUCGGAAGCGUUGCCGUCGAUUGGAUAUCGAAAAAAUUGUAUUGGGCUAAUCCAAAGCAACAAAUUAUAACAAGAGCCAAUUUAAAUGGAUCUCAUCAAGAACCCAUGUCGAUCUUGGCCAUCGUUAAAGAAUUAAUGAUCGAUUCUUUGGAAGCAUAUCUAUAUUGGUCGACAGGCCAUGCUGUUGAAGUAGCUCGUCUGAACGGACAGGACAGAAGAUAUUAUCACUCGGAUGAAAUAUUUAAUGGAAAACAAGUGAUGGGGUUAACAUUGGACACAGAAAACAGAUUCGUUUAUUGGAUCGUUCGGAGUUACGAAAGUGGAUCUAUUGUUUAUCGAGCACCAACGUCUGAGAGGAUUUCUAUGAGCCACAAAAUCGUGCCUGAAAAGAUCUCUGCUCUGCAACAUCCAAACAUGCAAGGUCCUUUAUGCUACUUCUCAGAACAUCUUCUCUGGCUUCAAGACGAUCGGAAUGCGGUGAUAGGCGAUUUGUCUGGCCAAAACACGGCUAUAAUAAAUGGUAUCACUUUGUCGGGCCUUCACAUGGUAGCUAUCAUGGAUCCGGCACUCCAUCAAUAUCCGAAGAACUUUACAUCCGAGACUGUAACGGUAUUGCCCAACGCCGUCAAUUAUGACAGUAUUAGAGUGGAAGGAACAUGGAGAAACUUCAAUAUAUCCUGGGACCCGGUGGAGAAUAUCAAUUAUGGGACUGUGUUUUAUGAAGUGAAAUUUGCUGAUUAUAUCAACACCAAUUCAAAUCCAGAGAUAACUACGGAAACAUCGAUGCCUUACAAUAAUUCCGAACAGAUUUUACCUUAUUCGGUUCUCGAAGUCACUGUAAAAGCGUUUACGUAUUGGGAAACGGCUCAUCAUACGAGAAAGAUAUUGAGAUCACCGCAGAGUGUUCCGAGUCAACCAACGAAUUCCAGAGCAUUUAUAGAAUUUCAUAAAGAACCGCUGAGCGAAAACAUUGAUAUAUUUGCGAUAUUUAGAUGGGAUCAGCCCGAGUUCACGAAUGGUCUGAUCACAGGGUAUACGGUACAAUGUUGGUUCAAGGAGCACAACGUCGAGAUACAAAUCUGCGAUCAAUCACUUAUCCCAUCCACAUUGUUAGAGUACACCGUUCAAGACCUCUUGCCAAAUAUGACAUAUUAUUUUCAAGUUCGAGCCCAUACGAAAAUUGGCGCGGGAUUGUACACAGACGUGAUCAACAUUUCCACGAUAUACGAAAAUCCGGUGCCACAAUUGUUGGUCGCUACGAUGGACGCGGUUAGAAUAUCCGAUUUAGAUCAGGAAGUGAACUAUACAAUUACUCGACAUAUCGCGGUCGAGGUUACUUAUCUGGCUGCAGAGAGCAAGAUUUAUUGGAUCAACGAAAUGAGGGAACUGGUAACAUCGGAUUUGAAUGGAUCAAAUGCUACUAAAAUGUUGUCAUUAAACAAUAGUGCACUUAGCAUAACUGUCGAUUGGGUUGCGAGGCAUCUUUACUGGUCUGAGUUGAGUUAUAAAGAAAAUGGCGGACGCAUAAUGAAAUUAGAUUUGACCAUGUGGCAAGUUGGAAUUCUCAAGUACGAAAGUAUCGUCACGUCGAGCAGACGUAUCGUAAAUCUUGAUAUAUUACCAUCCACAGGAUCAUUGUAUUGGAUAGAGACUAAAAAAGAUGGCGGGAUAAUAAUGCAAUCUAAUUUAGACGGGAGAGACAUUCAACCGUUCUUCAAUUAUAUAGAUGAUUGUUCCUGUCCUUACAGACCGUCUGUCAGUCCGGUAAUGACCAUCGACAGUACCAAUUUUCAGAAACCGGUCAUGUAUUGGAUUUCGUUAGAAGGUCACUUAAAUAUCGCCGAUAUCGAUGGUUGUGCAUGUAAUUUGAUAGCAAGCGCGAGUUUCAAUAAAGGAUUACCGCCAAAAUCGUUAACGGUCGAUAAGAUGAAUAUUUAUUGGUCCAACAUCGCGGAAGACCAGAUUUACUUUGUAAAUAAAAAAUAUCCCGAUGACGCGGAGAUCAGACACUUCUAUUUGCCAUCCGUACGAAGCAUCAAAGCUCUUGGAAAAUCUUUGCAAACCUAUCCGAUCACGAACUGUUUGAUCCCUCAUCAAGUAUCCUACAAUGUGGAAGAAAUGAAAAAAUUGGCAAACAGUAUUACCGUCAGACUUCCCGAGCCUGUUCCACAAUUUGGUUGCGAAAGAUACAGUUUACCCACCACAUUGUACACGAUAUACGUAUCUCAGUGUUUAGAAAAUGAUCCUAAUAUGUGCGAGAACGGCGACAGGAUAAAGUUACAAACUUACAACACAGAAUACGAAAUAAAGGAUUUGAAGCCUUUUACGAAUUAUGGAUUGAAACUGGCUUUGAGUAAUUAUUAUGCCAAUUUGGAAUCGAUGAGCUUAGAAUUUGGUUCCGGUGUUGUAUUACAAACCGAAGCAGGAACACCUACGGCUCCAGAAAACGUCACUGUCGAAGCACUCACGCCAACUUUGGCCAUUGUAUAUUGGAUGCCGCCAAAAAUAUUAAACGCCCCAGCAGUGAGAUACGAAGUGCAUUGGAGACUGGUUCGAUUAAUAAAUGGGGCACGACAGAAGGGAGAGUUUAUAAAGGGUACGGAGCGUACUACGGACGGUAGAUACUUCACCAUGUUAGAACCGUGGUUACCCGAUCAAGAAUAUCUGGUGUUCGUCCGUGCUUAUCCCACUCACGUCAACGAUGUUUACAGUGAAAGUUCAAGUCAAAUAGUUAAAAUGUAUCCGGAACCCAAUAAUUUAACUUUAACUGGAGUUAGCGUAAAUAGCUUGAACGUAUCUUGGAUACCAACGAUCAACUUGAUGGUCAGAUAUACGUUAGAGUAUAAAGAUGUUGCCAUGGAAGAUUGGCAAGUGGCAAACGAUUUCAAGGUAGAUAAGGACAAAGUGACGUAUUUUAUCAAGAAACUGCAACCUCGAACUUUGUACAAAUUCCACUUACUUCUGAGAUAUCCUAAUUACAAGAAGGAUUUCGUAUGGCCAACUGAUGGAAGAUUCACGUUUCAAACUUUAGGUGAUGUACCGAGUGCUCCUGGUAUGCCUACGGUAACCAAACUUCGUAAUUCAGUUUAUCAAUUGAAUUGGAAACCGGCACAAGCUCAUGGUUCGCAAAUCACGUUAUACCGUGUUGAAGGGAUGAAAAUCAAUGAGAUUAACGAGCAAAUAGACUCGACUGGGAACGCAAGUUGGAAGUUGUAUUACAAUGGUACAGACAAUUACUGGAUAAUCACAGGAGACAUGGAUGACAAGUACAGGUUUCGAGUUCAAGCUAGGAACGCGUACGGUUUCGGUGGUUGGAGCAGAUCCAGCCCGAUCAUUGAUUUAACGGAAGCUACCGGAGGGAUAUUAGCGGCUCAACAACAUCUUGGCUUAGUGUUGGGACUUAGCGUUCCUGUUAUCAUUAUUAUGCUCAUUUGUUCCUGUUAUUUCCUUUGCCCAGUGUACCGACAACGCAAAGAAGAUAAAAAGGCGGUCUUACCUCCGUUAGUAAGCGAUGUCGAAUUAGCGACACUUCGAGAGAUACCACGUGGAAAUUUCGUUCAAUCCAACGCGUUAUACGCGUCUACAUUGCAAAACGAUUCGGACGAUUCUACCCUUCCUAAAAUUAGAAGGGAACAAAUAACAUUAGCGAAAUUUUUGGGUAGUGGAGCUUUCGGAGAAGUAUUUCAAGGAAAUGCGAAGGAUUUGGAAAGGCCAGGAAUUACACCAGUCGCAAUUAAAACGCUUCGAAAGGGAGCUUCGGCUCAAGAAAAGACAGAAUUCCUUCAGGAAGCUAGACUCAUGAGUCAUUUUCGACAUAAACAUGUACUCAGACUUUUAGGAGUUUGCUUAGAUACGGAUCCACCGUUAUUGGUGUUGGAACUAAUGGAGGCUGGGGACUUAUUGAGUUAUUUAAGGGCAAGUCGAUCUCUGCAACCAUCGGAUUCACACGCGUUACGAUUGCAAGAUUUACUUGCCAUGUGUGAAGACGUAGCAAGAGGAUGCCGUUACUUAGAAGAGCUUCAUUUUGUACAUAGAGAUCUUGCGUGUAGAAAUUGUUUGGUAUCGGCCAAAGAUCGAGAGAAUCGUGUUGUUAAGAUUGGUGAUUUUGGACUUGCUAGAGAUAUAUACAAAAACGAUUAUUAUCGAAAAGAAGGAGAAGGAUUACUUCCUGUUCGAUGGAUGGCACCUGAAUCUUUAGUAGAUGGUGUAUUCACCUCGCAGAGUGAUGUCUGGGCAUUUGGUGUAUUAAUGUGGGAAAUUACGUCGUUGGGCCAACAACCGUAUCCUGCCAGAACAAAUAUCGAAGUAUUGCAUCAUGUACGUGCAGGUGGAAGAUUGUCCAAACCUUUGAAUUGUCCACUCGCGUUACAUCAACUUAUGUUGCGUUGUUGGAGUGAUGUUGAUACCAGACCAAGUUUUAAAGUUUGUCUAGAAAAUAUAGUUAGUCUUCGAAGUACUAUAGAGGAUGCGCAAUUAAAUCCAGUUGCUAGUUAUUACUUAUCUAGAAGGGGGAAUUCAUGGAAAUCCAGCAGUUCAGAAGGUAGUCGAGAUAUGCAACCAUUCCUUCAGAAUUCUCAUAAUGCAACACCUACAUCACAAUCAGGGGAAAUGCCAAAAUAUUUAGAAUUAUUAGCAGAUAACGAAGAUAUUAUUCUAAAAGAAAAUUCAACAAACGGAUACGAAGUGCCACGAUCAAUUCACAUAUCCGAUCAAAAUUUAGCCAAUACAAAUAAAGCUAGUACAAACGUAGAUGUAAAAAGUAAUUUGCAUUCUGAUGCAUCGCAAGAACAAAAAGAUAUCAUUUCAAAUGAUAUUAAAGAACAAUUGGAAAAAAAAUGUGAUAAAAGAUCAUCGAUAUCUAGUUUAAAUUUAUCGGAACGUAAAAGGGCAUCGAUCACAAAUAUGACUGAGAAAUGUAAUACUUUAGAUAGUUCGAAAUUAACUAAUCCUACUAUUAAAGCGAUAUUAAAAAGAGAUUCAUUUACGUCAUUGACUGAUCAACGGAAAAAUAAAAGAAAUGUAACUGAACGACGGGGAUCUGAAAUAAGUUUAGAAGGUAGAAGCUCUAGUUCUUUAAGCUCGAAUAUUAGUUUAGCACCACCUACUCGACCUAGUUCAUCGUUAAUUAGUUCACAAAAUGUUCUUCCAUUAAAGAAUUGUGUUAUUGGAGGAACUGGUGAAUCAACUGAUAACGUCGCGAAGAAUACAUUACCGAAAAUUCAAAGAACUCAUUCUAAUUUACAAAAUGGUAAAGCUAAUAUACCUUUAGUGAUAAACAGUGCAUUAUUAAAUUUGUUAAGACAAACUCCAGUUGUUGAAGAUAGCAACAAUAUAGUUACGUAUACGAACAUUAAUACGGAUGCUGUAAGAGUAAAUGGAUCGUGAAAUUGUUAAAGAUGUAAUAGAUAUUAUCAUUUAAAAUAUGUUUCUAUAACAAAACUAUAAUUUCAAUGAUAAUUAUAUCAAAACUGGAAACAUGUAUAAAGUUCCAUAGCUUUAAACUGCCAUAUUAAUGUAUAUGUACAUAUUUUAGAUUUAAAUAUUUGAAAUUUAUUUUACAUAAAUUGUGGCAGAAGAUUUUUAGUAAUAGGUUUAGUUAAUAAUCAGAUAAUCAGAUUUAUUGUUUAGUAUCUAAGAAACGAGAAUAGUUAUAGAGUAUUAUACGUGAUUAAUCUAUAAUAGUUUUUGAUACUACUUUAGUGUAACUAAUGUAUUUAUUUAAUGACGCAAAAGUACGAUUAAAUUUUCACUGUUCAUUGUACAAAUUCAUAUUUAGUGAUAGUAUAAAAUAUAGCAUUAAAAUUGAUAUUCAUAUUACAUUAAACAUUUGUUAAGUUUUACAUAUAAAUAUAGUGAU